AUGAAAAAGAACACAUUAAGUCGAGCUACAUCAAUGAAUGCCCGAAGUAGUGAUCUGAUUGCUGAUGGUCUUUCAAAUACAAAUGUUGCUGAAAAACAAAUUGAUGGAAUUAUUGAAUUACGAGAAUUUGAUAUACCUUAUCAUAGUCGAGUUUGUAUUGACUUAAAAAUUAACAUUGGACUUUGGUACAAUGUUCGUGGUUAA